AGAGGAGAUUUUAGGCGCGCGAAUACCGCAAUCGGAAUCGUCACGAUCAAUACAAUAUGGUAAAUAGGAAGCCUAUCGUUGGAAUAAAAGUUUAUAAUUUAUCUUAACAAUCGGUUAUUAUGUUAUAUCAAGCUGCUCUAGUGGACAAGCGGCAGACUGUGUUUGAAUAUUAAGUAUAAAUGUUAGAUUAUUGUUUAUUUCUGUUUAUUUGUGGCGGGCCGGUGUAAAUGAGUGUGUGUAUACGUUGAUGUACAAUUUUGUGUAAUCGACUUGUGUAUGUCGAACAAUAGGCUUAUUCAGCUCUGAUCAGCUGUAGCAGGAAACAUGUUUGUAGAAGACUUGAGAGCUGAAUUUUAUCAACGGCUAAUAGGCAAGCGUAUUCUUGUAAUUGUCAACUACGAUAUUGAUGGCAUUUGUGCAAGUAAGAUUCUACAGGCCUUGUUCAAAUAUGAUAAUAUGCUUUACUCGAUUGUACCCAUCAUGGGGAUCAGCGGUGUAGUACGGGCGUACAAUGAACACAAAGAGGAUGUUAAACUGGUGUUGCUGAUUAAUUGUGGCGGAUGCCUCGAUAUCGUCGACGUUCUACAACCAGAGGAAGACGUUGUAUUUUUCAUCUGUGACUCUCAUCGACCGUAUCACAUUUGCAAUAUCUACAGCGAUUCGCAGGUUCGAAUCCUUGGCGAAAUGAAAACGGAAGAAGGAAUACCGGAAUUUGAUGAUAUCUUUCAAGAUUCGGAAUCGGAGAGCGAUGAUGAAGAUCAAUCUAAUAGUGAUGAAGAAGAAGAAGGAGGUGAACGUCGGGAACAAAAUCGAAUUCAGAAACUUGAGCAACACCUUUUGAAGCGGCGACAACGACGAGAAUGGGAGGAAAAACGCAACAAAAUUAUGUUCGAUUACACGCAGUUUAGCUAUUACAGCAGUAGUUCAGCUUUAAUGAUAUUUGAACUAGCUUGGCAUCUGUCGAAGGACUCCAUAGAUCUGCUGUGGUGGGCCAUAGUUGGAUUGACCGAGCAGUUACUGCUGGGAAAGAUUGAAAGCUCGACAUACACGUUGGCUACGGAUCGGGUCCAGUCGCAUGUAUCUCGACUGACUAAUAAAGCCAGUGACCAGACAAUCCAAACGUCAGUGAAGAUUAAUUUUGAACACGAUCUCCAUUUGGCACUAUAUCGCCAUUGGAGCAUUCUAGAUUCUCUCAAGUAUUCUAUUUAUCCAGCUUGUAAGCUGAAACUUUGGACAUACAAAGGCGAAAAAGUUAUGCAUGAACUGCUGGUGGAUAUGGGCCUGCCACUAGUUCAGGCGAAACAAACUUUUAAUGCAAUGGAUCUGAUAUUGAGGAAAGAAUUCUACGAUAAAAUGGAGAAAUUCUCCGAUAAAUAUGGCCUGACAGAUAUAGUGUAUGGUUCUUUCAUCCUACAAUACGGUUAUCGAAACAAAUACUCGGCUGCUGAUUAUGCUUACUCGAUGUUAGCCAUUUUGGAAUCAGUGAGAGCAGAUCGUACUCCAGAGUCUUGUUUUUUAAAAUCGAUGGAUGCCUUGUCACGGAGUAACAAAGAAAUUUUAGAUGAAGGGAUUGAGAUGGGCAAAGCAUUGUUAUCUGCAAUUUUCAAGCAGGUUCAAAGCUCGUUAGAAAUGCACGCGGUAUAUUCAGCGGGUCCAUUUCUUUACUUCAUUCUUCAGGAGGAAAUCCCGUAUUUUUCUUGCCCGUAUGGCCUGCUGAUGCUGGCACGCUUUUUGCAGCGGGGACAUGUCGCAGUAUCACGAAAUCGACGUGCUCCAGAGCUGCCACUAAUAGCGGUGGCUCCAAUCGAUUUGGCCCGUGGCUUUUCGCUACUUGUUGGAACGCCUCCUGUGUGCGAGGAUAAUAAGAACUUCUUUGGAAAAGCUUUCGAGCAGGCCGCUAAAAAGAGUGGAGCCGUUAUCUCGCAGGAUUUUUUCGAGACAUCCGUUAUUCAGAUCCGGCACUCAGACUGCACGAAGUUUAUGGACGCCCUGACUGUGCUGUUAGUUUAGGUGCCACUGCUCCGGUGCCAAUUGUACAUGUAGGCUGAACGUAGUAACAUUUAGGGUAGUUUUACUGUUUCACUUAAUUUUUACUUCUGACUUCAAAUAUUUAUCAAUAGAAGAACACAUACGACUCACACAAUGCAAAAUAUAAGUUUACAUACAAUAAA